GCGCACCGCGCCUAGUGACUAGCGCCCUCAGCCACUUUACAAUAUUCAACUUCGUAUACUGCAGUGCUCAACAUUUUAAGGAUGUAGACUACCAGCGAAAAAUUGCAGCGAUGAUCACAGGGUAAAAAAGGGGCUUAUGGGUGUGUAACAGGUGGUGAGUAGUAAGCAUUCACUGCGCCCCGGCUGUGGACGUAUCGGACAUGCCAAAAAGCGGUAAUUGGCCAAAUGUCAUAGCCUGGACAGUUCAAACUCCUUCUGUGUCCUUCCUACAUGGUCCUCAUCAGCUUUUCAUACUGACACUGAGGGUGCACAGCUCAACACCAUUGCAACGAGGUUGACGUCACAUACGAUUGUAGAGGAAGGAGGCCAAGCUUUGAAAAUACUGUCGCUUGAAAAAUUUGGAGCCAGGAAAUCUGAACGGAGCCACUUGGCUCAUGACAGUUCCUUGUACGGCGUAAGCUCAUCAAAUUUAAACUGUUGUAGACAAUGUGCACAAAAUUUCCUUUGGGAGUAUACUAAGUCAACCUCUAAAUCAGGAUUUGGAGCAUGGCAAGAUCUCUGAUAUUCAUUUACGUAUUCCUUGUGUUCUUAACGAUUUCAACGUUAAUUUACGAAGCCAUACUUUCCGGUUAUUCAAGUAGUCAUAGUUUUACUGAAAGUGUGGCCUUGCCAAAGCAUCGGGUUUUUUUCUCAAAUAAUUCGUAUCUGCUCGCCACCAAAAGCCAUACCCUGACGCUCACCCUACGCAUGGCGGCCGCGCCUAAACUGAUCCACCGUCUAUAUUGUGUCCUCCUACGAUCUGCCGUGUUGUUCUGGUCACCAAAGCUGGGUCACAUCAGCGUGAUACUAGACAAGGAAUCGGCAGCCGAUCACCGGUUGGCAGCUCGACUGAGUCAGCAAGAGCACGCGUUUGGCGUCAAGUUUGAUUUCAUUUACGAGCCUCUCCCAAACGAUAUCUCAAUCUUGAAAAUAGAGAGAGAUCGUGGAUACAGCCGCCAACUAUGGAGCAGUUUCUUCAUGGAUCUGUACAUUCACGCAUCCAUCAUCGCUUGGAUUGACACGGAUGGAAUGUUUACAACACCUGUCACCAGUGAAAACAUCUUCAAUGACCAUCAGUUGCGAGUUGUAACUUUCACUGACUGGAACAUUCCCCGUAAACAUGGCUGGGACAAAACGACCAAACUUGCAAUGGGCAUGAAUCUGAUGGCGGAUUUCAUGACAUAUUUCCCCGUUUACAUCUGGAGAGACACAGUAAGGAAUUGCAGAGAACACAUUCUCCGUCACAUGAAUGUAUCCAACUUUGAGGACGCCUUUAGGAAACUGAAGGUAAAGAGGGCUAGGAUCAGUCCCGUCAACAUUUUGUUGAACUACGCUUACUACUUUGAGCAUGAUCGCUAUGAUUGGCACCUGGACGUCAACAACAACCUGGAAGCCUACAACACCCAGCACCUUGCACCCGGUUUCGAAAUCAAACCCAAUGAGACUGUUCCAGAUGUUCGAGUCACGGUGCAUGCAGGAAAGCACUUCGUUAAGGCUCCCAAUCCGAUGCUGCAAGGAUAUUGUAUCGCUAAGGGGCACGUUGGCACGGUACCCACUGCUUGUAAAAUGUUUGAAAAUGUCACAAACUUUCAGCUGUUCGAAUUUCUGGCCGAAAGAGGUGUCUCUUUCAACCACCUCGCCACCUGGUGCUCGCCUAAGGGUGAUGGGCGCAAGGACUGCAGCCGACGGAUUGAGGCGCAUUACAAGAAUGUUGGCAGGUAUUACAACUUGGGAUGGUUUGAUCUCGAUUUGCGUCGAGUAUCUGCUGUUGAGAAAGCAGCUGCGCUCUUGAAUGUAACUUGUCCCAAAAUAUUUCAUAAUUGAUAAUGAACGUUGGAGCUGAGGAACUGUGCAGUUCUCAUACCGACAAUUAUUUGGGAGAAUCUUUAGAACUUGCAGCAGGGACUGUUACAAGUGACUAAUUGUUUCAUUAUGUUUGUAGUUUUGAAUUUAGUUUGGUUUUUCUUCUAGUCAUUGAAUAAGAAUUGCUCAACUUUAUAUGUGAUGGUCGCUGAUUGAAACUGAAAAUUUACCGGGCGGGCUGGCUGGCUGGCUGGCUUCUUUCUUUCUUUUUCAGUAUGGCAGUAUUUAGCACAUUUAAGUAUGGCAGUAUUUAGCAGAGUUACACACAAGUCUGGCACAAGCAUUCUUCACACUUCAUCGAUAUAGGGUUAUUAAGAUUGUACCUUUAAUUUGACUUGUCGUCUGAUGACAACAUCAACAAAUGGGAAUCAAUUUUCGUCCAUAACACUUCCCUUUCAAGUUUCAACCCAAUCAGACAUGUACUUCACAAGAUAUAGUGCUUUGAAGAGUGUGCCUUUAAUGUAACGUGACUUGUCACCUGAUGACGUCAUCAUCACAUUAGGUUACUAUUCUUCGAAAACACUUCUCUUUCGAGAUAUCAGCAAGUCUGGAACCCAAUCCUACAUAUAUUUCAGGAAAUGUACCGCCUUGAAGAGUGCACCUUUCAUGCAACCUCUCUGCAAACAGGAUUCCAAUAUCAAUCUAUACCCCAAAGAAGGCGUCCUUAUCUACUAUCAAUUACGCCAUCCAACAACACACUGUGGGUGGCCGGUCCGACCUUCUGCCGGAUCUACUUUUCCAGAACCGCCACGAGCCACUAACGUGUGAACUCUCUUAUUUCAUCCGUAUACACACUCGAACAUUGUGCAUGGUGUGUGAUACGGUUGGACUUCCAUGUACUGCACAGAAAUGCACAGUACACGUACAUUGAGUACGUAUACACGGUACUGGUCCGGCCGGAAGGCGAUAUAUUUUCAAGUAUCUUGCUGAGGAAACUCGACAAGAAGAAGCUACUAUUGGGUAUGAAGUGUAGUCUUCUCUUGUAAAAACGUACAGAUGCUCUCUCUGUAUAUUUUUUAAAACUUAAAAAAAGAAACAACUUUGAGGAGGACAGAGAAACUAUUUUUAUAUCUGUAAAUUGUUUUUCGGUGGAUCUCAAAUUUUUACGUUUAUCUCAAAUAACGAUACGUUUACUUCAACUAAGUAAUCGCUACCACAAUCUGUAAUUAUUAACCCUGGGUAGAAAGGGUGGCCUCUCCUGGCGAGUCCAUUGGAGCUAAUUAACAUAUAAUUAUUUGUUUAAGUCAAAAUUCCACGACUACUUAUCAUAUCCUACCCCUGAACAUGCUGAAAAGCCCGGUUUAGUCAUUUUACAGCCAGGGCCUCCCCUAGCCAGAAUAAAUGCAAAAAACCCAGACGUCCUUAAGCCAGCCUCCAGGCAAUUCCAAUGGGACUGUGUACAAAUUGGUCCCUUGUGCACAACCUAAUGGGCUGUUUACAAAAUGGUGCCUGGGGCAGGCAGUGGAAUGUUCUUUAUCAGUGACAGCUGUCUGGAACUUGUCAGAGGCCUGUGUCGG